AUGAACGUGGAUCUUCUCUACCCCGACCCCGUCGAAGAGCAGCGCAAACACAAGCUGAAGCGCCUGGUACAGGGGCCAAACUCGUAUUUCUUGGAGAUAAAGUGUGCAGGCUGCCAGGACAUCGUGGUUGUGUACUCUCAUGCGAACACUCCUGUCUUCUGCCCUGGCUGCACAUCACAGAUUUCUAUCCCCACAGGUGGGAAGUGCGCGUUCACGUCCCAGGUAGAGAGGUACAGACAGAAGUAG